AUGGAACAAUUGAAUUCAACAAUGUCUUCAUUGUCGAAUGCAAAUUUGAUUACAACAAUAAAUUAUGCCACACUUCAAAUUAUUCGUUACUUUUCAAUUUUUAUCUUUCUUUUUGGUUCCAUUGGAAAUAUUCUUAAUGUUUUGGUUUUAUCUCAAUCAUCAUUUCGUUCCAAUCCAUGUGCUAUACUUUUUCUAUUCUCAUCAGUGGUUAAUUUUAUUGCUAUCCUUUCUGGUCUUCUUUCUCGAAUAUUGUCUGGUUGGGGAGCUGAUCUAACAGCAACAACUCGAUUUUUUUGUAAACUUCGUGGUUUUGUUGUGAAUAUUGCAAGACCAGUAGCAAUUUGGUAUAUACUUUUUGCUAUAAUUGAUCGAUGGCUUUUAUCAAGUGUAAAGUUACAGCAUCGACAAAUGAGCUCAUUGAAAAAUGCUAAGCGUGCUAUGAUUAUCAGUCUUAUUGUAGCUAGUUUAGUUUUUUCACAUGUUAUCUAUUGUCAUGAGCCAAAUCUUAUAAAUGCUCCACAGAAAUGU